GGACAUCUGAUUCUACCUUGGAUCCUUCUGGCAAAACUGUCAGUCACGAUUAUCACGGCCUCUCCUUGUCAUCGACUUUCGUGUCUAGGGACCAGAGCACGCUGAAUGCCUGUGCAAACAAGUUUGGCUGCAAUCUGAAUUGGAAGUAAGUCAGGUCAGAGGCGAAGAGGCCUAGCACCCUUGACGAAAUUCCAACCGAGGGUAGACAGUCGUGAGUAGAAGGAAGAGGCAGAUGAAUGAGAUGAAACUGUGAGGUCCAGCAGGGAAAAUCUAUUACUCCUCUCUGAAUGAGCACUAGCGACCUUUUGGAGGAUCGCGGCGGUAGCGUAGCUGGCUCUGUGAAAAGGGCUGCCACCAAUGGGACGCAAUUUCCCAGUUUCAGAUUGGCAAGUGGCAAAGUUCAUGGACAAGCAAGGACACGAGCAGCUUUUCAUAAUCAGCGCGAGUUUUGUCACGGAUCGUCAUCAGAUGUCCACACAUCACACAUCCGUCUUUGGCCAUGUGCUUAAUUGGGAAACUGGGAGUUGAUUAAACAGACGGCUCAUGUAGAUAUUUGGUAGUCUACAAAUUACACUUCCACGAUCUUGCACGGUAGCUUCGCCGAAGGACAUGAAACGUCACCUACCCUGGCAUUCGCUCUGGGACACCGUGCUGUUUACCCGAACAAAUUUAACCAAACUCAGUAAGAUCUCUGAUUAUUUGAUGCAGUGAGUACGUCGACGAGGUACUGUACGAUUGGAAGAAAACCUAAAGCUAUUCGGUCGUCAUUCGACGAUGCUCGCCUGACACACACCCAUAUACUGGAAAUGGUUCUCUGCGGCACUCCCAACCCUAGAAACGCGUGAGCCAAUUGCCGAACAAUUCGAGCUGCCACUACAGUAAAAGGUAUGAACUUGUAAGGCCGUCUUGCACUAGAUACUGCAACUGCCUGUCACAUUUUAAAAUACGUAGCAUUGUAUGCAGCAUCCCGACACUCUGAUUAAAAAAUUCGCCUUGCUUUCGCGCGCGAACCCAGUUCGCCUCCUCCAGCCGAUUACAGCCUACCCAACUCCAGCUUUUUGUGCCCGCUCUAGGUGAGGCUUGCAGAUCCCGCCGAUUUUCCCCAGUGGUAUCCAUCCAGGCCUCAGUACCCAACUGCCACCAUCUCUCCCUCGCAGAUUGCCCCAAAAGCCUCCUCUUCCCUCGCUCCCUCUUCUUCUGUACCUCCUCCUCGCCUGCAUGAGUCUCCGACAUCCCAGACGCCUCGACGCAGAGCCAGCCAGCCCGCCAGAAGCGGCAGCGGCACAUAAAGCCCCAGAACAGCGGCCGCGCCACCGCGCCACGAGCCAGAUGGCGCGGCCCUGCCCUGGCCCGCCCGCCCUGGUCGGGUAACUCGGCACAGAUACGGCUGUCAGAGGCGAAGGAGGAGGAGGAGGAGGAGGAGGGGCGAGGGAGGAGGAUGGUGGGAGGGAGAAGUGCUGUAUAAGCCAAUCCCUGAGUGUCGUCCGGAAUGGGAAAGUCAAAAGUCAAGGAGGAUCUGAAGAUCUGAAGAAGACUACACCUUGAUGUUCCGCUACGUCCGGCAAAUUGCUGCACUGCAUGUCGAGCGGAUGCAUGUACUGGUACCACAUGGUCAACAGCCAUCUGCAAAUUCCGAAACACUCUCACGACGCUGCAAGGCUUGCACAAUGGCUCGCAAACUCAUCCUCUUGUCUGCGAGUAGCUGCUGUCUGUUAUCCCAGUGUCUUCUUUGAAGAACCUUGAGGCUUCUGAUGAGAUGUGCCGAACGAUCGCCGCAAUUAUUCUGUUCUCAAUUCUAUUUUGCAGUCUCUGCUCUUCGACUUCAAGUUAAAUUAAUCAAUGUGCAGUUUCGAAAAACUCGUUAAGGAACUGGUAUCCCUGUGGUACGAGCUCCUCCGCGUUUGUUGCAGCAUCAAGUUGCAAAUGAACAGAAGUAUAUAAUUGACCAACACUGGAAAUUAAACCCCGCCACACCUCGAUUUCUGCGAUAAUUCUUAUUCAUAAACACCUUGAUGUUCACCCACAGAGCAAUGAUGGGAAAUGGGCCAAUUGCGAACUACAUACUUUUAUUUUUCCUCAUUUGCCGUGAGAUCCCAGGCAAUAUGCAGGUCUUCCCACAAGUGAAUUAUUGGCCACAAAUGUAAGGAGCACUAGGGCGAAUGUGUGAACGUCAGGCUUGAUAGCAGCUUUCUCGAUACACAGAUUGGACAGAAUGUUGUGUGUCCAGGAGUACCCUAUGUAGUUGGCACCUACUCAAAGCAGUAGGUGUCGUCGCUCGAAGCAUUCCGUUCC